AACAAGUAAAAAAGGAAUGACAUGCUCAGUUGGGGCAUCGGCACGCCAGGGAUGGAAGGGCUGAAAGCAAGGGCAGGAAGGUGGUCGUCUCAAAAUGACAGUUACGAACCCAUCCGCUACGGUGGGAGAGGCAGGCGGCCCCCCAAUGCCUGCACCGCAAUAGGGGUGGGAUGUCCAAUAAUUGCCAUAUAGGUGACCAGUGGUGACCAGAAGCGCUGAUAGAAAGGGAAGCUAACGCAGGUCUUGUGUUUUUGUGUGGCGUGGCCACGACAGCUUGUCAGCACUUCCUUCUGCAGUCCAAAAGACGCGACGUCCGGGGCUGUCUGUCAGAAAGUCGGUGGCCCAACAUCCACAACUCCGUAACGCCCAAUUGGGACGAAGACUGCGAGCAGGAUACGAAUAAGUGGUCUUCGCAAUCUGGAUAUGUUUUUGUAGUAGUUCCCACGACGGCUCCAAAGUCUGGACCCUGGGUACAUUGUAAAUGUUCCUGAAAAAUGGAGACUGAUAUGCUGGUGAAAAGGGGCUGGAAAGCUGACAGCUUGGCUGUCGUUCACCGUAGGUAGUACCCACCAGCCAUGGACGGCAACGUUGCUCAACAACAACAACAACAAUGACAACACCAUCUUCUAUGAUAGAGGCUUCCUAAGAGGAAUAUAAUAGAAAUCGGUAAACGGCACUUUAACAUGCAUACAAUUAUCCUAGAUCCAUUCCAGCGGUACACCGUCCUUCUGGGUGGGUGUCCGGGGAAGGAGCUUUGGCCACUUGAAUCGAUUGACCAAUAGCAAGGCGGCCCCGUGGCGGAUGGGCGGACCACUUUUCCUAUUUUGCCGGUUAAAGGGUGUGAGCGAAGCCAGCAAAAAGCUGUUGAAAUUGGAGAAGACAAAUUUCCUGUGGAGUAGCGACACCCUCUCGCCCCCGUCUCCAUUCUCCAUAUUCUCCCCAUGUCCCUCGUGUCUGCAUCUGGUCUUUCCCGAGCACAUCUGUAGCAUCCAACAAGUCGACAACAUUGUGAUAUUGCAUCUGCACUUCGCACUCUUGCACCAGAACAGGAACAUCACCAGAUUCGCACCUAGACGGCCCCCAAACCACCAGUAUAUAUUACACCAGGCGCUGGACACCCUACACCACUGUGUUCUGCACGUUUCGAACGACAGCCGCUCGUGUCUCACAGACACAACUCCCUCUAUUCGAGAAUUUAAUCCCGACGUCGAGCUCCCUCGACAAUCCACAGCCCAGCAUGGGUGCCGCCCAGCAAAUUGCUUACUUCCUCCUCCACCCUAAUGAGCUUCGGUCCAUCGCUCAAUGGAAAGUAUGGCAUGAGCCUGUCCACAGACGCGAUGCCUCCAAGGAGACGCCCACCGAGAAAUCAUGCUUCCACUUCCUCAAGUUGACGUCGCGGUCAUUCUCAGCUGUCAUUCAAGAGCUCAACCCCGAGCUCCUGAUGCCGAUAUGCCUCUUCUACCUCGUCCUGCGUGGUCUCGACACCAUCGAAGACGACAUGACCCUUGACAUCAAGGAGAAGGAGCCCCUCCUCCGCGAUUUUCACAACAUCAUGGAGCAGGAUGGCUGGACUUUUGACAAGAACGGGCCCAACGAGAAGGACAGGGAGCUGCUCGUCCACUUCGACGACAUUAUCUUCGAGCUGAAGAAGGUCAAGAAGCCAUAUUAUGAUAUCAUCAAGGACAUCACCGAGAAGAUGGGCAAUGGCAUGGCCGAUUACGCGCUCAACGCUGAGCACAACAACAUUGGUGUGGGCACCAUCAAGGAGUACGAGUUGUACUGCCAUUAUGUUGCCGGUCUGGUGGGAGAGGGCUUGACACGCCUGUUUGUGGAAAGCAACCUUGCCAACCCACAACUUCUGGUGCGCAUGGAUCUCACUGAGAGCAUGGGCCAGUUCUUGCAAAAGGUUAACAUCAUUCGCGACGUACACGAGGACUGGAUCGACAAGCGGCGAUUCUGGCCCAGAGAAAUCUGGUCCAAGUAUGUUGACAACUGGGACGACCUCUUUGCCCCGGCCAACCGCGAGAAGGCCCUUCAGUGCAGCUCUGAGAUGGUGCUCAACGCUCUCAAGCAUGCCGAGGAGUGUCUUUUCUACAUGGCUGGUAUUCGAGACCAGAGUGUUUUCAACUUCGUGGCGAUUCCCCAAAGCAUGGCCAUUGCUACCCUGGAUCUUGUCUUCCGCAACCCCGCCAUCUUCGAACGGAACGUCAAGAUCACCAAGGGAGACGCCUGCCAACUGAUGAUCGAGUCGACACAAAACCUGCGGGUGGUCUGCGAUGUUUUCAAGAAGUACGCGAGAAGGAUACACAAGAAGAAUGACCCCAGGGAUCCCAACUUCCUUGCCAUCAGCGCGCAAUGUGGAAAGAUCGAGCAAUUCAUUGAGACCAUCUUCCCAACGCAAGACCCUAACAAGGUCAGGGCUGGGCUCAAGCAAGAAGAUCCCAAGAUGGACGCCUUGGAGACUUUCUAUCUGAUUGCUGCUGCGCUGUCAACAUUCAUCUUGAUUGGUGUUCUGAUGAUUGGAAUUGCAUGGUACUUUGGUGCUCGAUUCGACCAGGUCUUCAAAAACAUCGACCAAAAGAUCGCCGGCACUGUUACCAGCUCAGUGGCUGCUGUUACCAGCGUUGCUCACGAGGAACUGUGAGAAGCGACCUGGCCCAGCAAGCAAAUUCGACCCCACGGCGCGCUCUUUUUUCCCCUCUUCACAGCGUGCGCUGAUAUUCGCUACAUACACUUAAUGAUAUACCUCGAUACACUGCGCUUUAUGAUGAACGAUCGGUUAGUUGGACAGGGCCACCUACCCAAGGGUUAUAUGGGACAUGAAUAGUAUUCUUGCGGAAUCGUUGUCACCAUGGGGGUACCUACCCGAGCAAUCUACUAAUACUAAUGCAUCCCUUCGGUGUA